UAUGUAUGCACAGAAUUUCCCCACCGGAGCCUACAGUAGCCAAUAGGCGCCAACCAGAAUCUGCUGUUUAUCCGUUGUCGUUGCAUCGGGGAGUAAGUAUGUGGUGCUACCCCACUCCGACUCACGUCGGCAGUAUACCUCCAGACCCAACCGUGUGCAGUUCCACUCGACCAUUGCCCGCAAAUUUCGGGGCACGGAACAGCUCUCCCAGUGAUUGGGCAAUGUAUGACAAGAUUCAAAGAGGGUGGGGUGACCGGCGUGAUGAGUGCGACACAAGCUCUUGCAUGAAGCUUGUGGGGUCGGCAGAUGGUGGGGUAGCAAUUGGGGUAGUUGAGAACUGGUACACUAUUUGUACGCCAGGCGCUCUCAUACUUCUUCUCCGACUCCAUCUGCACCAUCGUGAGAAACAGCGGUGAAGUGUGCACCUCCAUCUUUCCGCUUUCAUUGGUCUCGUCGAAUUGCACCGGAACGACUAUCGCCACCAAGGCGUAACCACCAUGCCCGAACAGCUUCAAGACCCGAAGGAGUACCAGAAUAUCUUCCACUGGGCAGAGACGCAGAGGGACGGCGCUAUACCCUCGUUUGGAACUAGGAAGAACGACCCUUAUGAGUAUCAAUCCGGCUUCGGAAACAGCUUCGAGUCCGAGGCAGUCCCAGGCACUAUUCCCAAGGGUCAGAACAACCCGCGAUGUGUCAGAUUUGGACUAUAUGCGGAACAAAUGACCGGAACGGCCUUUGUGGCUCCAAGGCACCUGAAUAAAAAGGCUUACCUCUACCGGGCGCGACCUGCUGUCGCUCAUCAAGGAUUUACAGACUUGCCAGACAACGAGGAUACAGAGUCCAACUUCCUCCCCUCCAACAAGCGAGUCCAUGUUUCGCCUACGCAGCUAGCCUGGCUUCCAUUUGAUAUCCCCAAGGAUGGAGAUAUCGAUUUUAUUUCUGGCCUCAAGACUAUUGCUGGCUCAGGUGAGCCAACACUGCGUGAGGGUCUAGCAGUGCAUACGUAUCUUUGCAAUGCAAGCAUGAACCGGAGGGCCGCAGUAAACUCGGAUGGCGACUUUCUCAUUGUGCCUCAGCAGGGAGCAUUAGAUAUCCUGACUGAAUUCGGGCCCAUGUAUGUGCAACCAGGCGAAAUUUGCGUCAUCCAACGGGGACAGAGAUUCAAGGUCAAGGUCGAAGGACCGACCCGAGGCUACAUCCUGGAAAUCUGGGGAUCGCAAUUUCAACUACCAGAGCUCGGCCCACUAGGAGCCAACGGCCUUGCCAAUGCUCGAGACUUCUUGCACCCCAAGGCAAGAUACGAGAUUGAGAAAGCAUCAUGGGAGGUUGUCUACAAACUUGCUGGAAAGUUUUUUCUCAGCAAGCAGGAACACUCGCCGUUUGAUGUUGUUGCGUGGCAUGGCAACUAUGUCCCGUUCAAGUACGAUUUGACAAAGUUUGUCAAUGUUGGCUCAAUCUCGGUUGAUCACAUUGACCCUUCCAUCUUCUGCGUCAUUACAGCUCCCUCUCGCGAUCCAGCGGCGCCGCUAGCCGACUUUUUGAUCUUUAGUCCGCGAUGGGAUGUGGCUUCGCACACAUACCGCCCACCGUAUUACCACCGCAACGGAGCCUCUGAGCUCAUGGGCUUAAUCUACGGAGAAUACGCAGGUCGUUCAGACGAGUUCCAGCCCGGAGGUGUCAGUUUUGAGUGUGGAUUUGUGCCUCAUGGUGUUGCAUAUGAGGAGUUCAAAGCCGCGAGCGCGCAACCGCCGCCUGAGAUGCAAAUCUCCAAGGGUGCAAUCGCUUUUAUGAUGGAGAGCUCGAGGAUGUUUACCAUUACCGAUUGGGCAUGGAAUAGCGACAAGAAGCACGAGCACAACCCCAGGAUGUGGGACAAUCUCGUCGACAAUUUUUCAACGCACGAGGACGAGGUCGAGAAACUCCUAGCUGAAGGCGUGAAGAAGCUUUCAUUGUAGUGUAUUUAGAUAUUGAAGUCUCAUAGAAACAAAAUAAAAAGGGCUUCUCUA